AUUGGGUCUCACAGAUGUUUGCAAAAGUUUGGGGAUUCUUUUGUAGUGGAGGAGGGGAGACUCCAUCAGAAAGAGAUAUAAAAUCUCGACUUGGGCACUUCACGCAAACUUCUGGGGGUUGUUUCUUUUCUCCAUCCCUAUUUUUGGGUCCUCAGUAGAUCUGAAAUUUUGAUUCUUUUCACCCAAUUUCAAGCACUUGAUUCACUCCAAUCUGUCAAUCUCUUGCUCCCAUUCUUUGGAAACUAGAAAGAAAAAAAAAGUAGGAUUAUUACAGAGAUAAUAUAUGAAAGGAGAGAGCUUUUGAUUGUGGAAUGUGAGCCUAAUGGGGUCACGUAAGCGAGCAAACUCUGCUUCUUCAUCCUCUCAGCGUAGUGCCGGCACUGCGAUCUCAGGGAUCCGCAAGACACAUCAGGAGGAACUAGAUAACUUGACACUAACUACACAACCCUUCAGAACAUUGAAGUUUUUCAUUUUGUAUGUACUUCAAUAUGUUAAGAGUUCAAUAUCGUACUUGUUGGCUAGAGGUGGCUGGCUCAUGCUGUUGAGUGCUGUGGUAUUGUCUCUUGGAAUUCUUCUAGUGACCAUUGAUGGCUCCCAUGACAAACAUGUUGAGGAGCUUUUCAAAUAUUUCCAAUUUGGGUUAUGGUGGGUGGCCCUUGGAGUUGCAUCUUCAAUUGGUCUUGGAUCUGGUUUGCACACUUUUGUCCUAUAUCUGGGUCCUCAUAUUGCGUUCUUUACUAUAAAAGCUAUGCAGUGUGGCCGAGUUGAUUUAAAAAGUGCUCCUUAUGAUACAAUACAGCUAAACAGUGGUCCUUCGUGGCUUGACAAAAACUGCUCUGAGUUUGGAGCCCCAUUGUUUUCUUCAUCACAUGGUGUGCGGGUUCCACUAAGCAGCAUAUUACCACAGGUCCAGUUAGAAGCUGUUUUAUGGGGUAUUGGGACUGCAAUUGGUGAACUUCCUCCAUAUUUCAUCUCAAGAGCAGCAAGCUUAGCUGGUAACAAGAUGGAUGCAAUGGAAGAAUUGGAUACCUCCUCAGAUGAAGUACAAGGGUUCAUGGCUACUCGCCUAUACCAAAUCAAACGCUGGCUUCUAUCACACUCACAGCAAUUGAAUUUCUUUACGAUCUUAGUGCUUGCUUCGGUGCCAAAUCCUCUUUUUGACCUAGCAGGCAUUAUGUGUGGACAAUUUGGGGUUCCAUUUUGGAAAUUUUUUCUGGCAACAGUGAUUGGAAAGGCUAUUAUUAAAACUCACCUGCAGACAGUUAUCAUCAUCUCAGUUUGCAACAAUCAACUUCUAAACUGGAUAGAGAAUGAAUUGAUUUGGGUAUUCAGCUUCAUACCUGGUUUUGCUGCUGUCCUGCCCAACCUCGUUGCUAAAAUCGAUGCAGCAAAAGAAAAGUAUUUGACAGCUUCAUACUCCCCAUCUCCAAAUAUCAAGGUGAAAACGUGGGAUUUCUCAUUUGCAUCAAUCUGGAACACUUUGGUAUGGCUUAUGCUAUUGAACUUCUUUGUCAAGAUUGUUACUUCAACAGCCCAGAGUUAUCGGAAGAAAGAGCAGGAAAUGGAGCUUGCUUUGUUGACAAGUUAGUCAUAGAACAUCACAUUCACAUGAUGUUUGCCGAUGCCCCUUUGAAUGGCAAUGCUGCUCUGGUUUUCUUUUGUACUUUUCUCUUCCGCCAUUUUUACAAGCAGUAACACAAUUCCUAGAGACAGCUUUUUAAGAGGCACGAUUGGUAUCUCCCCCAAAAUACUCCAGGCAUCAAAGUCCUUGUUAGAAGCUUGUAUAGGAUCAUAAUUACAAUGGAGAACUGUAGAAGUUGCAGGUUUAUUAUGUCUAGUUUUGGGGGGAGCAUUAUUUUAGGGUGGUUUCUGUUUUUCACCCAUUGUCAACAAAUGUUGAAAUCCAGAAAUUUGAAACUUAACUAUUCUUUGCAAUGUGAGUGCAAAACAAAGCAAGACAAUGUUUGCAUCUUGGAGAUUCAUCAAUACAGUUCAGUCUUAAUGCUUUCUCUCUGA